UGACUACUCUGGGGGAGAGAGAGCAUGGGAAUGAGAGCAGCAGGGGCGGGCAACUUCCCCACCCCCAACCAGCCUUGUCUGGGGAGACGAGGUGUGAGGAGGCGAGGAAGAAAGAGGGAGGCAGUGAGCGGGAACCCCUCCCCCUCUGCUCCUUUCCCCUCGCGCUGUAGGAGGAUAGUGCGGCGCGAGCAGCUCCAGAGCCUCUGGGUGCCGGCCGCGGCGACGAAGCAGGAGGUGGCGGGGAUCUGGCGGAAGAGCGGCAAGCAGCUCCUUCUUCUCCCUUUCUGUUCCAGGCAACGGCGCGCCGGUAGCCUCUGCCCUUUGCUCGCCACUGAGGUGGAUGAAGACCCGCUCGCUCGCUCCUUGCUGCUGCCGGAGCUUCUUGGGUUGAGCGUGGCGCCCUGCGGGAGGAGGAGUGGGCGGGCUGCGUUGGGCCACUGUGUGCCCGGCACGCGCCGAAGGACUUGCUCAGCUGCCGCCGCCGCCUGGAUGCCAGAGGCUCCUCGGGAGCCGGCGGCCGCAGCAGGCGCUCAGCAAGAGGAGGAGGAGGAGGAGGAGGAGGAGGAAGAAGAAGAAACAGCAAAGGGAGACGAGGGUGAGGAUCCCGGGCACGGAGCGGGGACGUCGCAGCCCGCUGGCCUUGGCCAUGGCCUCGAACUUUAAUGAUAUAGUCAAACAAGGCUAUGUGAAAAUCCGCAGCAGGAAGCUGGGGAUUUUCAGAAGAUGUUGGCUGGUUUUCAAGAAAGCAUCUAGUAAAGGACCUAGAAGACUAGAAAAAUUUCCAGAUGAGAAAGCCGCUUAUUUCAGGAAUUUCCACAAGGUAACCGAGCUGCACAACAUCAAAAACAUAACUAGACUGCCUCGAGAAACAAAGAAGCAUGCAGUGGCAAUUAUCUUUCAUGAUGAGACGUCAAAGACAUUUGCCUGUGAGUCAGAACUUGAGGCAGAAGAAUGGUGCAAACAUCUUUGUAUAGAAUGUCUAGGAACCAGGCUCAAUGAUAUAAGCCUUGGUGAGCCUGAUCUGCUUGCUGCUGGAGUUCAGAGAGAGCAAAAUGAACGAUUCAACGUAUAUCUUAUGCCUACACCAAACUUAGAUAUCUAUGGGGAAUGUACAAUGCAGAUCACUCAUGAAAACAUCUAUCUCUGGGAUAUCCAUAAUGCUAAGGUGAAGCUGGUCAUGUGGCCUCUAAGUUCUCUGAGGAGAUAUGGACGUGACUCAACUUGGUUUACUUUUGAAUCUGGAAGGAUGUGUGACACAGGAGAAGGGCUGUUCACUUUUCAGACAAGAGAAGGAGAGAUGAUUUAUCAGAAGGUGCAUUCUGCAACGCUGGCAAUAGCUGAGCAACAUGAAAGACUGAUGAUGGAAAUGGAACAAAAAGCACGGCUUCAGACCAGUUUGACUGAACCAAUGACAUUACCCAAGUCAAUCUCCCUUCCUCGUAGUGCAUACUGGCAUCACAUCACUCGGCAGAACAGCGUAGGAGAAAUCUACAGUUUACAAGGUCACAGCCUUGGUUCGACAAAGGUGUCUCGUGCACAGACAUUUCCCAGCUACACUUCAGAACAAAGCGAGGAGCACAAGCAGCGCCUGUCCCUCUCUAAUAGCUAUGGGUUCAGCUACAGCUCAGGCCUCAUUCAAUGACACAGCAUGUGUCUGACCAGAGAGACAGCCUACUGUGCAACCUGCCUGUGGGGCCCGGAAGCCACUUGUUCCUUCUUCUGCAGCCACAGAAGCCAAAUCGCAGCGAAAACUGAGGACCCAAGUCUCCACGCUGGUGACUGUGAAGGUGAAAGUCUGGAUCACUGUUUUCCAGAUGCAGAGCCUGAGUCUUAUUUAUUUAAAUUUUAUAUUUGUUUUGUCCAUAUGUUUUUAAAGAGGAGGAAAAGAAAGAAGAAUUCCUUUUGAAAUCCUGAGGAAAUCCCAAGACUUCUGCAUGACCAUCACCACUACCUGCUCUGGGGGUUUGAGCAUAACAUUCCAUUUUCAGUGUGAAGUUUUUGCCAAUCAACUCUGUUGUCAAAUUCACUCAUCCAUGACAGUAAGCGCCUUUAUGUCCUAGAUAUCAACCCCACCCCUACCAGCUAGGUCUCGAUCUCUUUUUGCCAGAAGAACAAAGCGUUCAGAAGUACUUCUGAAGUAGGGAUUUAAUCUUACCAUUAUGCACAGUUUAGUUCAGUUGACCUCAAUGAAAUUCAAACUGGAGUAAUUUUAGGACUGCAGCUUAAAGUUGCAUCCUGAGCAGCCAGUGACUCUGAAUCAGAUUCCCAUACCUACAGUUAAUACACAGAAUAGAUAGAUAGAUAGAUGCUUUCAGUGAUAUCGCAUGUAAUGUUUAGUAGUGUUUCCAAAAAAAAAUUGGGUUGUUAAUUUAAGAAGUCAUUGCUUUGAAUAUUUCCCACACUGAAUUUUUAUGCCCACUGAAUUUUAUCCUGCUCUAAUCUGUGCAUUCUGAACCACAGCUUCCCACUGAGAGCAGUGAUAAUAGAUGUCAAGGGAAGACUGUGUCACAAGGCACUGUCAAAAUAUUUAGAUUGUAGAUAAUAGUUAAAUAGUGAAGCCUGAAUUUAUAGUCAGUGGCUGACUUCCUAGCAAAGCACCACUGCUCCAUGAGAUGUGCUAGUGCUGCAGUGGAGUUGCAAAUAGCACCAGGGGUACAUUUGAUUAUCUCCCCUUCCACUGAAGUGCUCUGGGUCACCCAAAAAUAUGUCCCUGAGGGCUGCACAACCUUCAGGGACAUAUUUUGGUUAAUACAGAGUGCUUCCGGGGGUAGGGGAGGUCACUGAAAUUCUCUCUCUCACACACACACUCACGUCAGUGCUGAGUUAGUCGAUCUGUCUGCAACCCCAGCCCAUCUCACAAAGCACCUGUGCUUCAUUAGGAUGUCAGCCAGUAUAAGUUUAAAUCUGUAUAAUGUGCAGGUAAAAACUGAGAUCUCAUUGCUGGAUGGCAACACCAUGUUCUGUAAUAUUAUAGGACCAGUUGGCUGGUAGAAAAAUAAGUAAAAUUUCAAGUUCAUUUCUGAUUAUAUUGAAGCCUAACUUAUUGGAUCUGUUCUCCUUAUCAUCAUUAAUUAUGUGGCUUGGUUGUUUUACACCACGGUCACAUGUAUAGUCACAGAUGAAUGAUAAAUUUUCACAUAUGCUGAUCACAGUGUAAGGUUGAUUUAAUCAUUGCCUUACAAAGAACAGCCACAUCAAACUGAAUUGUGGGAAGCUUAAUUUUGAGUCUUACACUUAUAAUGGCCUAUUGUUCCAAAAGGUUUCAGUCCUUUUCGAAAGAUGGAAGAAAAAAAGAAUAGCAGCUCCAGUGAUUAGGAUAAAUGAGGGAAGGCCACAUAAAGCAUGUUUUGUUUUGUUUUUAAAUGAAGAAAUGCUAUAUUGCCCACACAUUUUGUAUUAACCUAUCUUCAUGGGUAAUGUAUUCAAAUUUGUAUCAAAAUAAUGUUGAUUUUUGCUCUCUUCCAAAUGUCAAAUAUUGUUCCAGUUUUGACUGUAGUUGGUCCCAUAUGACUCCUGCCAUCUGAAUACCAGCUGUCAGGGUAGCAGAGACCCUUUCGAAGCCUUCCCCGCGUUCCAAAUUUAUUGAGCUCUCCACUGCAAGGUGCUGCACACACACAAAAUACUCCACCUACACGGGGCAAUGAACAUAUAGGUGCACCUCUGAUUGAAGUUUUAUUGGAUUAAGAUACGAGCUCUAAAACUUUGAAUAGCAGGAAGCUCUGGAAGUUGCAGAAUUGUUUGUUGUUGUUGUUUUUAACAACUUUUGAGCAUUGUUACAAUGUGCACAUCUCCCCUCCAACUGGGGUUCAGAAUUUAUUUAUUUAUUUAUAUGACAUAUUUUAAUACUGCCCAAAACUUACAUCUCUGGGCGGUUUACAACAAAAACGGAAAAAUUAAAACAUUAGCUAAAACAGAUAAAUAACAAAUAAAUUUAAACAUUGAUUAAAAUAAAUGACAGCAAAAAGUUAAAACAUGACAAUUCAAAACCUUAAAACAAUAUUUUAAAAUGAAGUUAAAACUAUUAAAAUGGUAUUUAAUUGAAUGUGGUAUUGGAAAGUAUUGCUUCUAGGGCAACCUGAGCUACUGCUUAAUAUCCCACCAUAACCCAAAUGGGACAUGUUAGACAUCAGCAAAGGGGCAGAUAUAGUGAAAGGCAUGAUAAAUAAGUAGAAUUUCUUCUGUCCUCUAUACUCCAUAAUUGUAAUGAAUAUUUAGCAAAUCAUUUUUAUAAAUGUUUGAACCUCUAGGCAACACUGGGGGCUUCAUUCUCUUGCAGAACUGACAGCUUUGGUCAGUGAUAGAAUCUUCUGCCUUUCAUCAUGUCAGCUCAGCCCAGGAGAUGUCAAAAGAAAAAGAAUUAGACAUUCCAUCCUCCCGCCAUGCCCCUUCCCCAUCUUUUCUCGAUUACAGUUUGAAUAAUUGGGGGAUGGAUUUUUAAAAGAAAGGUCUGCUUUAAUUAAAGGUUUGUUGAUAUAUUAGUGUGGAUGAUUUUUCUUUCCUCAAGUCAUUUCUGAGGUCUAAUAGAUUUGCAGACUUAUACACCUCAGUGAGCAGCUACUGAAUGAAACAGGUUUGUGAUCUGAUGGAAUUAAUCAAACACGCCUGUCUCUGUCACUUAUUUUUCCUUUAUCUCACUCACCAUGUUUCUUCUGCAGCUUCCUCUGUAGAUAAGUGAUGAGCUACCAACCACCACAAUGCAAAAUUAUUCUUUGAAGUUGUUGACAGUCUUCUAUGGGAACUGGGUUCAUAUGCAUAUGUCAACCUGAACACACAAUCACAUUCAUGCCUAGCAAUGAAUUUUCUGUUCAAAAAUAUAACUGUAUUUUUUAACAGUAGAUCCUCUGCUAGCCUAAUGCUUGCAUAAUUUCAUUGACUGACAUGAUGCACAAGUCUCUGUAUCCACUGCAACAUCACUGUUCCCAGACAGUGGUUCUGCAAGCAGCAUCUCUAGAAGAAAGCAUCUCUUCUGUUCGUCACAAUGGGAGAAACUGCAGGGAUGCUGCUUGUGCAGCCACCGGUCAGAAUGAGUGGCACUGCUGCUUCCACGUCCACUGAAGAAAUGGUGCUGAUGCCUUCCAUCCCCGUUAGACUCGCACAUGUCAGACAGUAACCUUAACAAUACUAAGUAAAACAGUAUUGAUUUACUCAGUAUCCCCACUUAUUAUUAGAAUUAGAGAGAUUACGUAAUCAUUUAGCUGCUAUAUGCAGAUAAAUAUUAUUUGAUUUUGUUUAAACCAGCAAUUCUCCCCCCCUCCCUGAUUUUAAUUUUAUUCCACAUUCCACAUAGGAAUAGGAACAUUGGGAUGUUGAUACAUUUCUUGAGUGAACAAUGGUUCAUGUACUUUGUUCAUGCACACUUCCUGGAAGCAGACAGUAAAGUCUAUUACAAAAGAAAAACUCCAGCUCAUUCAGUAUACUCAUGGAUCUACUUCUCCUUACAUAGGGAAAACCACAUUUACUGCACACUGUUCUGUUUCUUUGGGUGAUUCCAAACCUGCUUCACCCUCACAUCUCACACUUGCAAGAAGUUUUAAAUCUUCUCACAUUUAAGAUCAGUGACCCACAGGUUCACCAGUGUGAUGUGGCAGGUUCCAAGCCGCCCACAGCAGGCUCCUAAGAAACCACAAGCACUCCUGUGCUGUUGCAAAGGAUACAAAUACUUAAAGUAAUGUGCCCACACUCCGGAAGUGCGACUUAAAUUGUUUCCAGUCUAAAACUUAAGCUACAAAGCCAUUCAUGAGUAGUGUAUAGAACCAUGGAGUGGGGAUGGACACGUCCCCGUCACUGACAUCCUGCCCAAAAGAACGCUGACCAGCACCUCUGUGCCACGUGUAAACACUGAGGUCAUUCCCACAAUUAAAAAAUGUGUUCUACCUGGGUUUGGGAGCUGUAUGUGCUCCUUAGUUUUGGUUGUGUGGCAGAAAGAUAGGAGGAAAAUCUGGGUAGAAGUGAUUGUGUGGCAGCAAGAUAGUAGGGAAAGCUACCUAGGUUUCCCUCCCACCUUGCUUCCACACAUCCAAAAAUUAGGAGCACACACAGCUCCUAAACCUGGGUAGAACACAGUUUUUGAUUGUGGGGACGACCUCACUGUCGACAGCGCUGCACUUCAGGGCAGUAUUGCUCUGUCAUAAAGUUAUGCAGAUACAAUUAUUUCCUAUUGGUGUUGCAUCAUGCAACUGCAUUCGCACAGCUCUCCAACUGAACAGUAGUGCCCUGAAGUGCAGCCUUGUCAAUGGUGUUUACACACCUGCAGAGAUGUCAGUAGUGCUGCAACUGUCGGUGUUCCCCUGUGCAAAAUGUCAGCCAGCAAGUUCAAAGAGGCUUAAUCUACUCUUGUUUGUCGCUUAAGAUGGCUGACAUUCCGCACAGGGAACUUGUCUGUAGUGCCUAUAGGAUCUACCAGAAUAGACACCCUUUUGGAGCUGCAUCUCCAAGACCACAAGAUGCUCUGGGAACCUGUUCAUCAAAGUGAAGAACUGCGUUCAGCAAGAAAGGAUAGUUUUAACAUGAGAAUACAGCCACUUGCCCAAGGCGCAUCACGAUUCUUUCCAAGCAGUCCGGCUUGCCAGUCCAGCUGAACAAGCUGUCCUUUGGCAGAGAGGUAGAUAGUUAAAUAGACAUACUUCUAUUCUUUCUUAUUUAUCUGUAAAUCUAUUCUACAUACAAGAUUUUCAGAAGAGAUGCACCUGAGACUAUUUGGAUAGCCGGGUAUUUGUGGCGAAAUCAUGCAGAGCAUAUUUUUGACACCUAUACGUCUGCAUUGCAUGUUGAUCUUUUAAAGCCAAAGAGCAAUGCACCACAGAAUAAAAAUAUUAUGGUCAGCAGUACAUUCCAAAAUCUGCAAAGGUAAUCUUUGCGUGAAGGUGUUUCCUGGUUUAUUUUUUAAAAUGACGAUACACCUAAUAUCCAGUGGGUCACAUACUGCACAGCGAAGCACAGGGUGCUUGAGUACCUGAAGGUGCUUAAGCAUCCUUCCAGCGCUAGAGAGAGAGAGAGGAGAGAGAGAGAGAGAGAGAGAGUGUGUGUGUGUGUGUGUGUGUGAAACCAGCUGGAAGUGUUGUAGAAUAUUCAUUCAUUCAUUCAUUCAUUCGGUCUAUUUGUACACCACCCCAAACUCACAUCUCUAGGCGGUUUGCAAGAAACACAAAAUGAAUUUAAAAAGAAAUUAAAACAUUAAGAUAGUUUAAAACCACAAUUCUGGUUAAACAGCUUGGGUGAAUAAAUGCAUUUUAAGAGUCUUUUAAAAAGCUGGCAGAGAUGGGGAGGCUCUUAUAUUGGCAGGGAGCACAUUCCAAACCCUCAGGGGGGCAACAGAGAAGGCCCAUCCCUGAGUGGCCACCAGACAAACUUGUAGCAACUGGAGAUGGAUCUCUCUGGAUGGGCAGUGGGGUUCAUAAAGUGGAAGACGUUCUGUAAAAUGUGGCAGUUCUGGUAGUCCAACUUAAAACUGUGCAAUGGCACGUCACACAACUGAGUUUGUGUGAUGUAAUAAGUUAUAGCAGAACUGCCCAGUUCUACAACACUGCCAGCAGGGUUUACAUACACAAAGCAAAACAGGCAGACACUCUGUAUGAACCACCCACAUUUCACUGUGUGGUAUCUAAGCCUAUGUUCAGAGCAUCUUUACACAUUAACAUUAAUGGUGCAGCAGGCCACAGUGGCUGGCAUCUUCCAGCAAUCCUUCAGUUCAAAACCUGUCAUGAUGUCUUGUGGACUUACAUAGAUCAAGCCAAGACCAAUAAAAAGCAUAGACAUGACAUAGAUUAUAAAACAGUAGCUAAAACAGGUUAGGCUUCAUAUGAGGAACAAAUUUCAUUUUAACAGCUAGGAAUGUGCAUGGAACCGGGCUGGGGAUGCUCGAAGGUAGAGGGGUGCUGCUUUAAAGGUGGGGGGGGUGCACUUACCCCUCCCGCCACAUUCCCCCCUCCGGUGCUCUAUUUUUGGCAAAGUCUGUGGGGCAGCAGCAUACCUCCCUGCUGCCCUGUUGCCCCCGUUUACCAAAACUAACCAGAAGUAUCCAGUGCGCUGGCGUGGGCACACACACAUCAUACCUGAUGUGCACGUGCCUGCGCCAGCACACACUGGCUUAUCUGAUACUUCUGGUUAGUUCCGGUAAACGGGGGUAGCAGGGAGAUGCGCUGCCACCCCAUUGACUUUGCCAAAAAUGGAGCGAUGGCGGGGGGGGGGGUAAGCAGUGGGAGGGGUAAGUGCACCCCCCCCCGCCAUCCAACUGGUGGAACCACCCAUCGUUCGAACCGGUUCAGACGCCCAUUAAGGGCCUUCACAUCAGUUCCGUGCACAUUCCUAUUGAUCACAUCAGUUCCAUGCACAUUCCUAUUAACAACCACAAUAGUCACGGUUAUGCGUGACUAUUGCUCAUGUAGUGGAAGGAUGAGAGUUUUCCUAAUCUUUUGAUGCAUGUUUUUGGAUGGCACCUAAUGAAUCUAAUGUAUUACUGAUCAUGGCUGAUAUGAUUCACAAAUUUAUGAGAACAGAGCAAGAGCUCUGUAUAUGCAAGUAGCCGAAAAACUAGAUGUGGAUGAGGUUUGCCCCACAAGUUCAGCAUGCAAGGAAGGGGGUGGAGAGGUGAUAUUUGCUCCUCCACCCUCCCCAGAAAUGCCCUUUUCAUUGCCAGGAAUAUGUCCCUGAGGGUGACACGGUCCUAGUUUUUAGAUUACUUGUGAGGAUGAAGCUCUCUUAAGUUGUAUCAUAUAAGCCCAUGAGUCUCAAUCCAGGGACAGCAGUUAUUCUCAGUUAACUAGUUCAUAUUUUAAAAGAGUGAUUUUCUGUAUGUGCUAUGAUGUAGUAGGCAGUUGGUAGGGGAUGCCCAAACUCUCCUCUUUAAUCUUUGCCUCACCUGAUCUUUGUCUCUUUUUAAAAUCCUGAUCUUUGUCUCUUUUAAAAAUUUUAUUCAGUUUCAAAACAUUUUAAAUUAGUACUUAAAUGAUUAAUCCCUGCUAGUGCUCACCUUCUAUUCUCACUGCUCUGCCUACCUGUAUAAACUGUCCCCCCCCCGCCCACUCCUCUUUUCAACUCUGCAAAAUAAAACCUUGCUGUGCCUACUGAGUGCAGGCAUAAAAAUAAACUAAGACAAGUUCUUCUGUCUUUGCUAUAUGGAUUGAGCCAGAUUAGAUAGCUGGAAACCCCACAGCCUGUCCUUGCUGGUUCCCCCUCCCCCAUUCUCCUCUCAUUUGUAGUCUUUUUUUUUUUUUAGGUCCUCCAAGAGCCCAUUGAGUCAGGCCAUUCUCAUCUGAAUGAACACUCCUCAUUCCCAUGUAAAUUUGCCUCAUUCCCAUGUAAAUUUGCCAUACUGUGGUGUGAUUAAGAACUGACAGCAGAGUUUGACUGCUUUUGGUAAGGCUCAAGAGUGUUUUAAGGGUGAGAUACUUUAAGAAAAAAGUUCAAUUAAAACAUCCAUUAUAGAUUGUGUUAACAAUGUGAAAAUAUGUAUUUCUAUGAGAGGCUCUUCACUCUUAAGAGAAGCUGUCAAGCUAUUUAGUGGCUUAAAAAUGACAUUCAGCUGCUGUUCACUGAUGUUCUCUUUUGAUUGAAUAGUACAUUAACUGACAUUUGUUGUUCUAUUUAAUGGAAAUAAUCAAAUUCACUGCUCUUUUGCUCUGGGUGAUAUGAUGAUUCAGUUUUCCUUGUGAACCAAAGCAUCUAUGAAAUCUGAAUUAAACCAGAUUAAACAAAUACCUACACGUGCAGUACCCCCCCCCAUCUGAAAAGUAUGGGGUAGAGGAGACUGUGGAAGCAUCUUAUACACGAAUAAAAUAUACUUAGUCUACACAGCAAAAUAAUUUAAACAAUUGCAGCCAAAAGUAAUAUUUUCAUCUUCCAAACAAUUCAUUAGACAAUAUGUACACAUCUUUCCAGUGGAAAGCUCUCCUACUACCAAAAAAAAAAAAAAAAGAUUGAGGGGUGUUGUGGGGAAGGCUUGAGAUUUAAAUUUGUUCAAGGCUUUUUGAGCUCCGCUGGAUAGCAGCCAUAUACAAACUACUGGGCGCACAACCUUGUUUUUAUGAGAAGGGACCAGAAAAUGCAUAUACUCAGAUGUGUACUGACCACUGUAUUGGCAUAGUACCUGGAUGGAUUUGAAAGUACAAUAAGGUAUAACCCUGACUGGGACUCAUGUGAGAUCAUGAAUCCUGGAGACUGGAAGGGACUAGUUGUCUACUUUGGGACAUCUGGACAGCUCCAGCAACCAGAUCAAGUGUGCAGGAGUCAAUCUUCUUGGCCUUCCCUGCUCCCUCUCAGCUCCUGAAGAUGAGCUCAGAAAUACAAAAUUGCCAUUAAAGGCUGCAGAUGUACUUCUGCAUCUCUCAGCAGAAUCUCUACAAUCCACAUCACAGCUUCCCUUUUCCAGAUUGUCAAUGUGAUCUCAAUAAAAGCAGUCUGAGGGGUGGGGUCUCCUGUUACUAUGCCAUGUCCUAGUAUACAGUUCUUUGUCUGGCACAGUGUAUGUUUUGUGGGAGCUCUUCCACAUUCAUCUAUGUACACAAAAACCUCUACAUAUUGCUUUGUAUAUGUGGUUCCAGAGAACUGGAUCAUGUCCAUUGCGUUGCCAUUUUAGCACUGGUUUAGAAAUGGGAACUCCUGCUCAUAAGUCAAUAGUACAGGGUUUUUUCUUGUAAUACUGUGCACAAUUUAGAGUCAACUGAUAGUACAUUUGAUAACUCAGGUACAAUAGUUUCUGUGUAUCCUCACUGACAAGAUGCAGUUUUGUCAUCCACAUUUCAAACAUUUAACAUUUCCUGAGUUCUUUUGAUGGUGGAAAAAAUCACCCCCUGUAAUAUGUAUAGGUAUUUAUUAAGGAGGUCACAGAUCCCAAAAGAUGCUUUCUAAUUCUGUAAUGAUGAUGUAAACAUGAAACUCUUCAAGUCUAGGUGAAUACGUUUGUUGUUUGCGUGUGUGGGGUUUUAGUCUUGUAGCUCUUGUUGAUUUAGCUGACGUGUAAGAAACCUGCACAAUGGCAUAUUCACUUCCAACACUUUGGGAUACUGUGUGUCCAUGAAAUGGUCAGAAAAACCCUCCUGAUCCUUUCCCACCAAUAAAUAGCUGCCUUUUUGUGUAAAAUACAGGCAGCUAAUUAAAUGGAGUUAGAAAUUAAUGCUUGUCAAAGUUGUCAUCUUGCUCCAGAAAAAAGCUUCUUCAAACACUAUCAAGAGAGCAACAUUGAUUGGAAUAAACAACUUACCAGGUAGGUGAUCCAAACAUAAGAUACCUAUCCCUAUGCAAGAGGAAUGAAUAUGAGAAUUCCAAAGCAUUGUGACAAAGAGAUCAUCCCCAGCCUGGAUUUAUUAUUGGUAUGUCCUGAUAUAUAUCAGGACAUACAACACUGGAUCUGCCCCCAUCUGAAUGCAGCCGAGCUGAUUUUAACAGUGGUAGUAGUGAUAACUGCUUUUCUGCCUCAUUGAUUUUUCUCUCCCAGACCCUCUAAGUUUUAUACUGGUUCUAACUACAUAUGGUGGCUGACAUCCAAACUAACAAAAUGCAGUCCCCCACUAGACAAAUUUGUUGCAUAAGCAGGAGAAACAUCCCCGCUCUGUACACAAUCUGGAAGAGAGGAAACGCAUUGCUGACCCUCAGCAAAUAGUGAUAUAUUUCUUCUCUUCCAGAGCAGGGACGUUUUGUCUGCUUGCCCAACAGAGCAUCGAUCGAGGGACUGAGGGAGUUGUGUGUGGGCCCCAGUCUCAUCCCUGCAGUCCCUCUUUAUGUGUGUUCUGCAUUAGCCAAGAUGUGAGCCGGUGAGACGAGGCCAAACUGGUUACUGUAAUUUCUGCCAUAUGCAGAAAUUACAAGAAGAUGGUGGUUAUUUUGUUUGCCACCUGUGCCAACAUUAUGGAUUUGAGUGGCUAUAUACAGGGCUGUAUUUACGCUGCAAUUUUACAGGAGUGGUAAUUAACACUAAAUUCAGCUUUCUGAGGACUCAAGGUUUAUUUCUUUAUUUUUCCUUAGAAAGCAUGUUAAUAGCCCUUACUGCUGGCCAAGAUAUACUUAAGGGUAAGGUAUAUUUAAGUGUGUGGACAAUGUUGCUGAAACCUCAGAAGCCAAAGAGGAACAUGAGUAAGUUUUCAGUGAGUGGGCAUGGGCCAUCAAGUGUUCUUGCCCCACUAAUGACUAGCAAAACCAGAAUCCACGCUACUCUGCAUAACAGAAAGAAAUGUAUAGUAAGUUACAUGCAUUCCUAGAUUUGCAUAAUAAAUAAAAUCCAGCUUUUCUUGGUAUAGAAUUUCAGUUCCUUUAGCACAGAAUGAGAAUGUACAUACAGCCCUAGCUAUAGUCAAAACUGCAAUCUGCUGAAAAGGCAUGUGUGUGUCUACCACCCGUCCUAAAGGUUGAGGGAUACAACUGGCAUGCAUGAGCUGCAUUUCUCAUGGUGGCACUAUCUCUGCCAUCUGGCUUGCCCUAGCUCCUGUUGAGGCUCAUCUUUGUGGGAUUGUCAAGAGGUAAUAGCAAACAAAUUAAAAUGCAUAGGAUUUGAUGUGAGAAUUGGCCAGCCCCUAUACUACAAUAGUGUAGGUGUCAUUAGUCUGCAUGGUAGCCCCCUUUCUUCCUUCUUGAAAAGACAGAGAAGCUAAAGGAUACAGAGGCCUCGACUCUCAGGUCUGUCUUUUGCUUUUCUUCAUUGAUAUUUUUCUACCCUUACAGCCUUUCCUGUCUGGAUGUCUGCAGGAGAUAUAUAUCUAUAUGCACACACGUAUUUAUAGAUACAUAGACACACACGCACACACAGAGAUGUGUGUGUGUGCGCAUAUGUCUGUAUGUUCGUGUGUACAUAUAUUGAACAGUGUUCUCUUUUCAUGCUUUUUCACUUUUACUCAUGUACCGUUCUUGUUCUCAUUUAUUUUUGUCGUAACGAAACUUUAAAUAAAUUAUUCUAAUUGUUACCUAUAA